UGGCCCGCAGUGAUCAUUCGAUAUUGUUGCCUGGCGGACGCACGACCAGAGAACCAGCGCGCGCUAUAAAAAAAUAGGAUGAUCGCGGGUUUCCACGGCGGAAUAAAAACGUAGAAGAAGUGUUCUGUGAUCAAAGCAAUCGACGACGACGAGAACGAGAGAAAUCUAGUAAAAAAUUUCUGCAUCUUGCGUUUUGAUUCGGAAAAAAAUUGACAGGAGGAAAAUCAGAACAAGUUUUUCGGUUUUCGUGCGGGCAACAUUGCGAGUUAUUGAAACCGGAUUAGGCUAAGUGCAAACUUAGGGCAGUAAAAGAAACAUUAGCAAGCUAGAAAAGGACCCCCCUCUAGAAGUCACACGCUAACAGUGUCCCAUCAGGUGACCAGUGUCUGCGUUUUGCGGGAGAUAUCUGUCUGGCCUUGCUGCCGGUAAAAACCGUACUCUUUCGGGCCACGUCACACAGAGCCGUCAACCUACUUAAUCACCACCGUCAACAUGAUUCACGUGGAUGAAACGGAUCCCCUCGGUGAUGUACCACCGCCAUUUCCUUAUCGUGAGGUCGAGAUAGAACGCGGAGUGGACGCCAAGCAGCUGUACGAGUUGAGCACUGAAAUUGGAAGGGGUAAAUUCGGCGUUGUGCACAUCUGCAAGGAAAAAUCCACCGGCAUCCGGCUGGCGGCGAAGUUCAUUCAGAUCGUGAAGAAGGGCGAUCGGCGGAACAUCGAGCGCGAGGUGCACAUGAUGAACGUCCUUCGACAUCCGAAGAUUGCCCAGCUGUACGGGGCAUACGAGUAUGACCGCACCUUCUGCAUGGUGAUGGAAUUAGUGGAAGGAGGUGAACUGUUCGAUCGAGUACUGGACGAGAAGUUCAUCUUAACUGAGCGGGCUUGCGCCAUCUUUCUACGACAGAUUUGCGACGCAGUCGCCUACAUCCACGGGAACAACAUCGUACAUCUGGACCUGAAGCCGGAAAAUAUACUGUGCCUCACAGAGAGCGGCAACCGGAUAAAGCUGAUCGAUUUUGGUUUGGCUCGAGAGUACGAUCCGGACAACAAGCUUCAGGUACUGUUCGGAACCCCAGAGUUCGUUGCACCGGAAGUGGUCAACUUCGAAGCUAUCUCCUUCGCGACGGAUAUGUGGAGCGUGGGCGUUAUCGCCUAUGUGCUCGUUUCUGGUCUGUCUCCCUUCGCAGGCGAAGAUGACAUUCAAACGAUGGCAAAUAUAACCAUUGGCCGGUAUGACUUUCUCGAUGAAGCAUUUGAAGGUGUCUCCGAGGAAGCGACAGAUUUUAUCAAUCGUUGUUUAGUGAAGGAACAAAAGGAACGAAUCACCGCGGAAGAAGCACUCAAGCACAAAUGGACCAAGCGGAAACCGCAGUAUUAUCCUACGAAUCGACGUCCCUCCAUCACAAACUUCAAACCAAUUUUGCUCGACAGUAAUGGCAACAAUCGGUCCAAUGCCGAAAUCGACAAGGAAAACCUUAAAGGCUUGGUAUCCAAGUGGAAUGAAACCCCCAACAAUCGUUACGCGUUCGAGCAGUCGACGGAAAGUGUGAUCUCGCCCAGUGGAGACACGAUUCAGAUUCGUCGCCCGAGUGCGGACGCUGGAGGCCGAAGGGGUAGCCUAGCAAGAGGCGACGAAGAACCGUUGCUCCUCUCGCCAUCCUCAUCGACCUCGUGUUGUUCGUCAUCGUCACCACUAUCAUCGGAAGUGAGCGCUACUAAUCUCGCUCUGGCAUCGAGUAGUGAAAGUAUCAUGGCCUCCUCCCUGCCUGAUCCCGCACCAAUGCGUCCCGCACUAGUGCCAUUAGAGAUAGUUCCUAACACGACCACCACCACUGGCACCACGUCGAUCAGCAACAUUAUUGGCACCACCAACGGCAGUAGUUGCGAACCCAGUAAUCCCACCAGUGACAUCCAUGCUAACAGUAACAAUGAUAACAGUAAUAGUAGUAGUAGUUGCGAAAGAUUGUCACCUCAUCUCGUGCAUCAUCAAGGAGAACCCCAAUCGCCAUCCCCAUCUGACCAUUCUCGUUCAUCUUUCUCAGAUCAUUCUCCGGCGCCUCAACAGACUGCUCUACCAGCCCCCACGGAGGUGGAGGUGGCUAAGCCGGCUAAAGUGAAGGUAUGUGAUGAGUUACGAAAGCUAUCCGAUUUACUAAAAUUAUCUACCAUAAACAAUACCACCCAAAAUAAGGAGGAACCCCUGUCCAAGACCAACCCCUCAACCCCACAGAACACGCUCAACGACACUACACUAAACAACGGAAUAACAAUUGCCAGUCCUGUGGUGACUACUUCCCUACCCAACACAACUCUGCUCGGCACAGCCGAUCUGGACACGGAACUCGAGAGUCUCAAAUCGAAGGUAAAGAUAAUCCGAACGGCCAAAAUCAAACAGCCCGAGUUCCUAGCGAGUGACGCCUUCAAGCUGCCAACCUUCAAAUUCCUACCCAAAUCGAUCAGUCUGUGCAACGACGACUCAGUAUUCAAAGAAAAUUACACUAAAUUCUGUGAUCGCAAUGCCAUUCAGAAACCUUCCCACCUUCAAGCGUCGCCGGCAGCGUCACCGGAGGUGAUCUCUUCGGUUACAACGACCACCAGCCAGCAGAUGACCGACGGGUCCAACAAGCUGAUCGUAACCAAAACCACGAAGAGCAGCAAAACCUCCUCCGAUGGAACGAAAACGGUCACCGUUCGGAAGACGAUCGUCAAGCAGAAGAAGAUAGCCGAGGAACCCGAAGACGAGAAACCCAAGUUGAAAACACCUCAACCCUCACUGGACAGGUCGGCCACGGUUAAGCGAACCAAGUUCCGCGUCAAUCAAAUGAGCAGCCGGGAUGUCCCGGUGGCGAUCAACAGCGUUGCGAAGCGAUACCUCGAACAGAACAACCUGCUCGCAGCUACCGAAUCGAACCAUCCGGUACCCAAAGCGGAUCAGCUAGUAAAGAAGUUUCACAAAGAUCACCAACAGCUACAGCAGAGCGUAUUGGAAACAACCAAGAACCUGAAGAAUACGAUGAAAAUUCGAAGUCUUUCGGUGGAUUGGGACGCUGUCGAUGCGGUCGAGAAUCGAUCGAUGAAAUCGAUCAACUCCUUUCUCAAGCGUACCACUGCCACCUCCAGUGCGAAUUCCGCCGUUAAGCAGAUUCAGCAGCAACUGCAGGCUAGCAUUCACAAGUGAGCAGGACGGAUUGUGCCAUCAUCCUCCAGUUGUCCAACUGUUUAUUUAUACAGCCAUACAUACACGCACACAUACGCUUAAAUUCCAUUACAACUCUUGCUGUUAUUACUAUCGUGUUCCUCUGUUAGUUUUUUUGUUACAUCCUCAUCAAUAACAUUUAAUCCAUGGCAUACUGUUUGUGUGUUUUUGGAACUGUUUUAAAACAAAGAGUGAUAUUCGCAUUCUCUCUCUGGCGAAAAAUUCGUUCUUCUUUGCUGGUUUUAAUCAAUGUUGAAAAGUGAAAUAUCCUCCCAAUAUCAGGAGCUUAGUUACUUCUUCAUAGCUUGUAUGCAGUCACAAUUAAUGAUGUAGUUUAGGGCCGGUACUUAAUUAAAUUAUAUUAUCUAUUUAAAAAAAAAAAAAACACACGCACACACAAACAAUGACGAUUGACUCUGUUAGGUAAAGCUGAUGUUAAUGUUGAAGCUUAAGGAAAGUGUAAGGUAAGCAGGAAUAGAUACAAAUUAAAUAAAACUACUUUAUAGAGUAGAUUUAGCAAGUACAACCAUAGCUGAAAUGUAUAUAUUCAGAGUAUAAAAAACUUGAAUAAAAAUGUUGAACUGUA